AUGGCUUCGAAUUCGGAUGCAUCGGGACUCGGUACAACAAACCGCUAUCGACACGAGAUCCAUACCCAUCUUCUGGUCUGGGGUCCUCUCGCUCUCUUCUGGCUUAUCCUCAACUGCGUGCGUUACGCGUAUGCGCCUCAGUUCGCGGGUUGCGUUUGGUCCUUUCCAGCUGUGCUCGAGGAUGUCACUUCGGAGUGCCCCAUCGGCGCUUUCCUCGAACAACCGCGCCCGUACAUCUACGCCGCUCUGAUCUCAACGGUGCUCCUUUCUACGAUUCUAUAUCGUCGCCACCCAGAGAAGCUCAAGCGUGUUACGUUCUACAUUCACUUCGUCAUCACGUUGGCCAUCUACUGCCUCACUUCCUUCUUUGGAUACACCACCUAUGUCGAUGCACCCGCUUAUUACUUCCUUCCUUUUUGCUGGAACUCACCGGCUAGGCCACUGUGGCUGUGGUGGUUGGUGGAGAGUAUGUGGUGGUGGGUCUCAUACUUAGGAACAUAUGACGACUACAAUUUCCGUCCGGAAUCCCGCACCAUUGUCGACAAGAUAGGCACACGUCUAUGGACUUUCACGUCCAAUACGGAUGACUUCCCUGAGGUAUAUGACGAUCUUCUCCAGUACAUGCCCUACUUCCGGCCGUGGCAAGAUAUCGCGACUCGUCUUUCGUACAUUCACGUUGUGGAUAACUCAAUGCGCAUCGCAUGGAUGAGGUGGAAAUCCGGUGUCCUAUCAACGAACGUCAGCAACUCGGAAAUUCUUACUUUGAUCCUGUUUUUCGUCCUGGGUAUCUAUACGUACGCGAGGAUGAAAUCGCAUGUGAUCUUCAUCGAGGACAAAGAAAUGAGUUUUGGGAUCGAGGGCGACAGCGCACCGUUCUCAGAGAAGUCUAUCACGAAGGGCCUCUUUUCCUUGUGUCACCGAAAUGAGGAAUUCCACAGCCCGUUCGACCGCCAAAUCACCACGACCUAUCUGUUGGUUCAGAUCUCGUCGCUUCUUGCUCGCUUCCAGUACGGCCUGUGCCCUGCGAUACUUAUAUUUAUCUUCAUUGGGACUUUCUUUACCCCACUCUGGGUGCAUAUCCUCUCCGGCGAUCCGUAUAUGAACAAGAAACAAUGGGAGGAAUCGAAAUUCUACACGUCUUCUUGCAGCAAUUGCGGACGGGAGGUGCAAAAAGAACAUCUGAGGCUGAUACCACCAUACAGCUUUUAG